GCCCGAUAGUUUCCGUCUCUUUUUCUCUCUCGCAAAAUCGCGUUACAUACACAAUCGAUACCUUGCUCUCCGCUAUUGAUUUGUCGAGCAACGAAAACCCUAACUUUGUUUUGGUGAAGACAAAAUGUCGGGUAAAGGAGCGAAAGGUCUGAUAAUGGGCAAGUCCUCUGCCCUAAACGGAGCCAACAAGGACAAAGACAAGAAAAAACCCGUCUCUCGCUCUUCGCGCGCUGGUCUCCAGUUCCCUGUGGGUCGGGUUCAUCGUCUACUGAAGACUAGGGUUUCCGCUAAUGGGAGGGUUGGAGCAACUGCUGCUGUUUAUACAGCAGCUAUAUUGGAGUAUCUGACUGCAGAAGUACUGGAGUUGGCAGGGAAUGCUAGCAAGGAUCUGAAGGUGAAGCGUAUAACACCAAGGCAUUUGCAGCUAGCAAUCAGAGGGGACGAAGAACUUGAUACCCUAAUCAAGGGAACAAUUGCUGGUGGGGGAGUUAUCCCGCAUAUCCACAAGUCACUUAUCAACAAGUCUUCCAAGGAGUAGUUUAGAACAUGUUUGCCUUGGCUUUUGUUAAAUUGUGUUCUUAAACCUGAAAAAAAUUGUAAGAGAAGCACUUUGGAAAUCUUAUGUUGAGAGGCUGCUUUCCUCCAUUCUCUGCCUUGGAGAAAUGGUGAUUCCUAUAUCUCAGAUUUAUUUUUCAGCAUAAAAUUGUUAAAUGCUGCAAUAUGGGCCAAAGAACUGUCUGCAUUGAAGAAUGUUUUGAUUUCUUCAAGGCUGUCUGUUGAUAAUGUGUAAUGCAUUUCUUUUUAAGCUCUGUAGAAGGCAUAUUGCUUGCAUUAUUAAAUAAGUUAUAAUUGUUGUAUUCCUGGAAGGAUGAGAACAUGUACGUUUAUUUUUUAAGUUAUUCAAUGUAUGUGGUUUUAUGCGAUUUUGUAUCA